AUGGGAGUGGAAGAUCCCGAGACACACAUCCAUACCUUCCAAUCGGCCUUGGGUUGCAAAGGGCUCACCGAUGAAGGCCAGUGCCUAUUAUUUCCAUCCACCUUAGUCAAAGCGGCACUAAAUUGGUUCUAUAGGCUGGAGCCAGGUAUGGUAGACUCUUUCGAUCAAUUAAAGCGAACUUUCCUCAAUCAUUUUAUGAUACAGACUGAUCGUCUUUACUCAACCGACGACCUCUACACCAUUCGGCAAGGAGACGACGAGCCCUUUCGAGAGUAUGCAGCCAAAUUCAACCACGAAUACUCUAGAUGUUCGGAAACUGAAGAUUGGGCAGCAUUUGGCGGUUUCAAAAGCGGCCUCCGUUCAUCACAGUUCCGCUACAUGGUCUACAGUAACAACUGGACGACAUACGGCGAACUCAUGAAACAUGUAGCAAUCCAUGCCAAAGCCGAGCAUUUCAAUUCCAAGGGACAACCUUCAGCGCCCUCUUGCCCAUCGACACCUAUAGAUUGUCCAAAGGAUCAAAUCCACAACCGCUUCCCGUCUGCCCGAACAAACCAAUCCGUCCCUUUCCAAACGGCACCACCAGUGUCAACUCCUUUUACUUGA